AUGAGCUCCGGCCCGCCUCAGCAUGAGAUGGCCUACUUUGCGGGACUGGUCUCUCCGGAGCGAAACUUCAAAGUCUUCAGGAAAGUGUUGCACACAGGAUUAUACUCGCAGUUGGUUGCAAUGGAGAUUCCGGUCAAUGGUGAAAUCGGAGAUGAGAAACACACCGUGGACCAAGUCCUGGUUUUCACUCACGGCAACGGUCGUGCGAUUGUGGCUGGAAAGGAGCAAGAAGUCAAACAGGGCGAUGUAGUGAUCGUUCCUGCUGGCACGCAGCAUCAGUUCCUCAAUGUUGGACAGAAGCCAUUGGAGGUGGUCACAGUCUACUCACCUGCGGAACAUGACUCUCGAACAGUUCACCAAACCAAGGAGGAGGGCGACGCGCAGGAAGACGCUGGGGAAGACCAGGCACCGGAAUGGAGUCGUCGCAGCAAGGCAGAAAAUGAAAGGCUGGGGCUGGUACAGGUGCUGUGA